GUUUCCUGUUAGACGCCUGGCAAAGUAGGAAAUGUCAUGGGAAAAUAUCAUCCUAUAUUACCUUUGAAGCGUACGACAUAACACUGUUUUAGAAAGGAAAUCACAGGGUAAUCUUAGUAUGGCCUGGGCAAGUAAUCUUCCUCAAGAACUUCUCUGUCGACCGACUGCCCUGGUAUCUCUCACUGGGCUAGACGUAACAUACAACGCUAUCCACAAACUGAUCUGGGACUCAUUUGUUAAUAACCGGCGAUCUGAUCGCGUCCCACUACAGUUCAAAGUCACUGCUGGAGACCAUGAGUAUCCCAAGUGUAGAACCAAUAAGCGUCAGUCCUAUGAGUGGUACAUCCCUAAGGGCGUGCUGAAGAAGACAUGGAUGAACAAACACUUGAAUCAGGUUCCUGCUGUUGUCGUCGUCUUCUUUGACCUGGACUGGGAUGAACAUCUCUGGAAGGAAAAGCAGAUGGAAUGUGCCACACGUGUGGAAAUUGUCAGGAAUAGCCUACUCAACAGAGGAACAAAGGUAGCUGUGGUACUUAUCCAGAAGAAUGCCCCCCUGCCCCCGGGAGAGGAUGUGGUGGCUGCAGAGAGGGCGGCCUCUCUGUGUAGUGCAUGUGAUCUGUCUGCUAAGCAGCUGUAUGUUCUUCCACACACCGACCACCUCAUCGGUUACACCAUCAGAUUGGAAAAUGCAUUUUAUGAGUUGGCUCAGAGUUACUAUCAUGGAGAGGCUAGAAAAGUGAAGGCACACAGAGACUUCCUCAACAAGACUACCCACCAGCUUUUGUUUGUCAGACAUCAAUUUAAGAUAGCAUUCUUCAGUGAACUGAAGCAGGACAGCCACACAGCAUUGAAACAUUACAAACAAGCAUAUGGACACCUGUUAGAGAUGAGGAUGCAUGAUACCAACCUUCUGGAGAUAAAGUCUAUAGCUGGCUUCAUCAACUACAAGAUUUGUCGACUGUCUUUCCAACACAAUGCCCCGCUAGACUCCAUCGCUCAGUUCAGGAAGCACAUUGACUUUUUCAAAAGUAAAGUUGGAAUAGCAGAGCUGGCAUUUGAACACAGUGCUUGGAUGGCCAAACAGUUCCAGGUGUUUGGUGAUCUAUUUGAUGAGGCCAUCAAGUUAGGUCUGACAGCCAUACAGACACAACACCCAGGCUUUUACUACCAGCAGGCUGCUAAUCAUGCUGUCAACAGGAAGCAGCUCUGUCGGGGAUUCUGUAAGCCCUUGACACAGUUGAUUCAUCCAGAUCCCCUUGAAUUUUUGGACAACCUGGACUUUUAUGGUCAGCGACCAUGGCGACAAGGACACCAGAGUAUUGAUCCCCCGGACAUGCAGAGAGAACGAGAUGGUAUAGCCUCCCUACAGAACAUGGAGAUACAAGUUGAUCACUCUUGGAUUAUCAUCCCUUUGUUGAACAGUGCUGUAGCCCAGUUUAAGAAAUACAAGUCACCGAGGAUGAAGCGAUACCUAAUGGUACAGAUGGGGGAGGAGUACUACCACGCCAAAGAUUACAACAAAGCUCUUAUGCUGCUGAACAAGGUGAUGUGGGACUAUCGAGGGGAACGCUGGUGGCACCUGUUGGAUUCCAUCCUGGAUAUCUCACUCAAAUGUGCCUAUCUGACCUGUAAACUCCAGGAGUAUGUGUCUGUCUGUGUGGAGCUCAUCGGUAGCUACAGUAUGCGUUCAACCGAAGAGAAAACCAGGAUACAGAUGAAUCUAAUCCGGGUCAUAUCUAACGACUCCCCAGAGCCUGAGCCAGGUCUGGACCCUAUAUGUGUGGACAAUGCCCGGCGUCUGUGGUCCAGCUGCUCAACAGACCCUAGUGUCUUUAGCAUAGACAUGCAAAACAUUGUACCAUUUGUUGAAUGUAAAGCCUGCUUUAGCACAGAAACAGUAGCUGCUGACACAGAGGUACAGCUGGAAGUCUACAUCAGAGUGAACUGUCAAUUUCCUGUGAGGUUCAGCAAAUUGUCUGUGUUCCUGAACAACCAACUAUAUAAUCAGUACUGCCAGAUAGUGGACGGUCAGGGAGUGUCAGCCGGGUCUGAGGCUGACUCCAGAGGUGGGGAUCUGUACCUGGUGCCCGGCCAGACCAGGCUCUACACCUUCAGCUUUCUCCCACUAAAGGAUGAUGUGGAAACACAGCUCGAGAUAUCGUCCCUGGUGCUAGAGCUUGGAUCAGAGGCGGGACGCUGUGCGAUGUUACAGUGGAUUGGAGGGGGUGGACCAGCAGUAUCUCCUGUACAGACUGCACAGUCCCUGUUACCAAGGAAACCAGUCGUGCCGGGCUGUCCAAUAGACUGGAAUGCUGUGGAUGUGCGGGCUGCCACAAGGAUUGUCCCUAGAAAAGCCAAACUAGAUGUGGUGAUCCAACAUGAGCCGCCAUGUCUACUAAACGAGUUUUACCUGCUGAGGCUUGACAUGACUAACAACGAAGACACAGAUAUAGAAGACAUCAGGUUAUCCUUUGGUAUCCAGGGAGAUGAGACCGCCAGUGAAUCAGAGCAGACAUCCCAUGUUUGUCUAGAGACCCCAGAGUUUGACAAUGUGGUGGAGUAUAGCAGAGAAGACGUUGCACUCGUAAAACUGGGAACGGGCAAAAAGCUUUCUCGUCGUUUAUUUGUCAAGAAUAUGCAGAUUGGCACUAAGGUCCUUUUUGUAAAGUUGGUGUAUACAGUGGCUGUUACCAAGACGCAGCAGAUCAUCACCUGUACCUGUGAACAAAAUGAGACCAUCUCCUUGACAACAGUCACACCGUUCGAGGUGUCUGUAAAACUCAACUCAUUAAAGUUUGAGCAGAUAGAAGCUAUUCAGAUUGAGGAGCCAUUCCUGCUGCUGCCUGAGCUAAAAUGUACCUCUCCCUGGUUGGUGGAACUGCAGUCAAGUCAACUCCAAAUGACUCCAUUUGUACAGAGUGCUGAUGAGGAUGCACCAUCACAGCUACAAGGAGUGUGCUUGAAGAAGUCUGAGUGUGCCGCGGAGUGUAUCUGUCUACAGACGGUUCACUGUAUACAGCCUUCCAUCUCCCUGGGAACAUACACAGUCUACUGGAGAAGACAUACGGAUGAGAGUAAAGACCUUCCCUUUGUGACCACAUCUUUCCCCUUACCCAUUGUCAACACUGAACAUGUUCCGAUCUCCAUGGAGCUGCGUCUCCCAGCGUACGGCAGUGUAAAGAACCUCCUGCCACUUUGUUAUGUUAUAAAUAACCGCACAGCGUAUCCCCAGGAAAUGGAAGUCACGAUGGAGGCAAAUGAUAGCUUCAUGUUCUCCGGAAAUAAACAGUUUCACUUCCGAAUCCUGCCAAGUAAGGCAUACAAUCUAACAUACAACCUGUUUCCACUGGUCGCCGGUCAUGUGGCAUUGCCCAAACUUCAUGUCAACAUGCUGCGUUACCAGGGCAACAUCGACCUCAUCACACAGAAGAUGAUCCCCACCCAUGUCUUCAUCAAGCCUACUGGCAAAACACUGGAUUCAUCUGGAUGAUGCGGAAUGACUUUAUGGGACAAAAACCAAAUGUUCAUAAAUUAAAAAAGCCCAUAGUGUGAUGUAAUUUUCUGCAGUUUUGAUUCCAGUAACGUUAAUGUCAGUUAGAUACCACUGUCAGUUGUGAACGUAACUGGAUGUUACUGCUAACAAUAUAAUUUUAAGUAUGAUUUACUGAAGAGUUUAAGUGUAAAUGUGAUAGUUUCUCUCUCUCAAGUAAAUGUUGUAGGUCCUCUAACAGAUGUACUUGAUAAGAUGAUGAAUGUUAUACAAAUUAUAAACAUAAUAGUUCAAUGUAAAUUACUUAUAUUUUGCCAUGAAUAUGAUUUCUCAUGAAAUAUCUAGGAACUUCCAGCAUGAAUUUAAAAAAAAAUAUGAUGAAAACAAGUAGUGGGCUAAACAGCAUAAAUGAAAAUCCAUGAAAGAUUUUUUUUUCCGAAACGUUGUGAGUUUGAGUGUUUACAAAAAGUUAUUUCUGGUAUGUUAAUUAAUGAGAGCUGUCAAUGCUCAGGUACGGACGUGAGAGGGUGUGUAACUGUGACCUGUGUAUUGUAAUAGUGAUCAGGGCUGAUCACGUCUUUGUGGAGAAAAGGGACCAGUGCAAUAAUAGCGCUUAGCAUCAUGUCUUAGUGUUUAUGCUUCUUUGUUAGAAAGAAGAUCAACUUAAAUCUUGCUACUUUAAGAAUACUUUACUAUGAUGAUUUUCAUUGGUAAGAGUGUGUUAAAAAUUGAUCAUCAAAUUUAUGUUAUGCGAUUGUAUUUUUUUUUUUUUUCAUUCACCAGCUCAAGGCAAGUGGAAAUGCUAAGUUUACUUAAUGUUGAACGUUUUAUUAAUAAGUGGAAAUACAUUAGCAGUAACCACUGGAGCAUGAAUAGUAAAAAGAUUGAGACUCUUUCAGAUACAGCCAGACCUGUAUUUCGAGACCACCUUUAGAAAGUGCAUUAAGUAAUCACUUAACACUGACAGUCUUUAAUUGUAACUCAAGUUAAAAUAACAUGAAAACAACUCCAAUAGGGAUUUUUAAAACUGGUCUCAUAACAGAGGUGGUCUCUCAAGCAGUCUGAGCUGACUGUACAUGCAGUUAUUGUGAUGUUGCUAAAUGAUUAUAAUUUUAUUUAUUGCUUUCUGUACGUAGAUCACAGUUUAAAUUAUCAAAGGUUUUAAGGUAAGGUUCUGGAGAAAAUGUGUCUAUUAUUAUAUGUGUAUUGUAGUGCUGUAGUACUUCACAGAGCUGUUAUUAGGACUAAAGAUAAAUUUAUUAUCUUACCGUAACAAGCUCUCCUUUCUAACCUGUUCAAUAACUAUAAUUAGACACUUGGAUCAAAAUUGAUGGUACAAAUUAAAAGUACACAAGAACUGAUGACUCAGUUAAAAUUUACCGCACAAAUUGAUGACUCAUUUUAAAGAUACAAACAUUGGUGACAUGUAUAACAUGUAAACUAGAAUUAGUGACACAUUUCAGAGGUAAACAAGAAGGGAUGACUCAUUCUAAAGAUACAAGAAAAAAUCCUUUCACAGACAGCAUAAUAUAAGGCAGUGCUGAAUUAAAGUAUGCAUGUACUACUGAUUUUGAAACAAAAAUAAGGGAGAUAAUUCAGCGCUAUAAUGUGUAAGGAAGCAUGUAAAUGUAUUGCGUAGUUAGCAGUCUAGUGUGAUAUAAAGAAAAGUCGUAGCUUAUUAAUGUACACUUAUAUGUAAAGAUGAAUAAAAUAUUUGUGAUCACU